GGACUGUCUUCAACUAAACAUCAAACUGUUGGAUUAUUUUGAAUCCUUGUGAACGGACAUAAUCAAAUCGUCUAUCUCUACACAACUAGAGUAAACAUGCAGCGGUAUGUGUUCUUUCUUACUGUGAUGGCUCAGAAUUAUCUGAUGGACUGUCAGCUGUAUGAGUUUCACUACAUUAAUGAGAAUAAAACCUGGACUGAAGCUCAGCAGUACUGCAGAGAGAAACACACUGACCUGGCCACAGUGACUAACAUGAAGGACAUGAAGAGACUCAUCAGUGUCUCACUAGGAGAUAUAAAGGAAGUUUGGAUUGGUCUGUAUGACCAAAGAAACGUCAAUAGAGCAUGGUACUGGUCUCUGCCUGGAGUGGAGUUCAAUAAAAGUGAGACAAACUGGGCAGCAGAUGAACCAAAUAAUCUUGGAUCUGAAGGUCAAAACUGUGGGAUUAUAUGGAAAGAUGACUCUAAUUUUCUCAAGUGGGGAGAUUUAUCCUGUAAUGACCAGCACAAUUUUAUCUGCUAUAAUGAAAAUAAUUCAUCACAGAAAUACCACUUGAUUUAUGCAGCAAAGAACUGGACAGGAGCUCAGAGUUACUGCAGAGCGAAUCACACAGACCUGAUCAGUGGAAUGAAGCAACUACAGGAUGGAGAAGUGAACAAGGGGUUAAAUUUAAUGACUGCAAAUUCAAGGUACAUCUUUAUUGGUCUGUUCAGUGACACUUGGAGGUGGUCAGACGGAAACAGUUCCUCCUUUAGACACUGGAAUCUACAGUUUAACAAUCAGAAAAUCAACAGUGGUCAAUGUGCCAUGACUGUGUUUAAUGAUGGAGGCAGAUGGAGGAAUGAGAACUGUGACAAGAAAAAACCUUUCAUCUGUUAUGAUGAAAGUACAGUGAUCCUGAUCAAAGAAAAUAAAACCUGGGAGGACGCCUUGAACUACUGCAGAGAGAACCACCAUGGCCUGGUCACCAUCACCGACUCUGAUGAGCAGAGAUUGGUCCAGCAAAUAGCCCAGUUUGCUUCAACUCCUUUUGUCUGGACGGGUCUGCACUACGCCUGCACUCUGGAUUUGUGGUUCUGGGUCAGUGACGAGGUGGUCAUCUAUAAGAACUGGAACCAAGAUGGACCGAUGGACGACUGUGACAUGUCUGGAGCCAUGGAGACGGGAGGAAAACAUCAGUGGUUUAAGAAAAACGAUCCAGAGAAGUUUAACUUUAUCUGUUCUCAACAUCCUCCAGGAGAAUAAGUGAUGUAUUAUAUAACACUUACUCUCAAACAGGCUGUAUAUGAAUGCUGAUAUAUGAAGACAAGGAAAUGAUUGAAUAUUGUAGGUCACAUUGUUUGGAUUUUGUUCUGCUUUACGUCAUAAGCCAUGUGUGGCACGUAAAAUAUGUUCACUCAGAGCAACAUGUCCAUCCUAACCCUAGCUGUAAGAAAGUCUGAUAAAAAACAUAAUACUUGUUUUUAAUGUGAUCUAAUAAUAUCCAUGUAUAUAUUCUUAUGCUAUCCAGAAUGCUCACUUGUUAUUGCUCCAUAUAUUAAACUAUCAUGUUAAAUACUCUAUGUAUCGAAGCAAAAAGGCAAUAAAUAAUC